AUGGAUGCUGAGAGAGCUACAGCUGGUGCAGUAAGGCCCACUGGGUCACAGGAGAGCCGGGACCUGGAGGAUGUUCUUGGAAAAGUAUUUCCUGAGAGUGUGAGGCAUGCCAAGGAAGCUGAGUUCAUGCGAUUACACCAAGGGGGGAUGACCGUUUCUGAGUAUGCGAUGAGAUUCGAGCACUUGACUCGUUUUUAUUCACAAGCCUUAGUGGAGAAGGAGAAGGUUGUUGAACAGUUGGAAGGUGGUAACCGUGGAGUGAAGAUUUCUGAAGGAUCAGCUGGGUCCAAGAAAGGAGGGAACCAAAGGAAGCCGUAUGAUAGGCCUCAACCCCAACAAGGGGGUCCUGUCAUCAGGCAACCUUCUGGUGCUGCUGGUGGAGGAGGACAGGGUGGAGGUGCUGCCCUUAGAUGUUACAGGUGUGGUGAGCCCCAUUUGAUCAGGGAUUGUCCCCACACAGAGAGCCAGUGUUUCAGGUGCCAGCAGAUGGGCCAUGUGUCUUUCAACUGCCCCACUAGGAACAGACCGGAGAGGAGUACUCAGAGGGGUGAUGUGCAGAGAGGAGAUGCCCAGAGGGGUGACAGACCCACCACAACUGGUAGGGUUUUUGCUUUGACAGCUGGCCAAGCUGAAUCAUUGCUGAGGGAUGGAGUAGAGUGUUGUCUUCUGCUUGCUGCUAUGAGUGUGGAGAUUGAUAGGGUCAUUGCGGAGAUCGAUGUGGUGCAGGAUUUUGCUGAGGUGUUCCCGGAUGAAGUGCCUAGGUGA